UUCUCUAAUAUCAGUACCUGAUUAAACAUCUUAAUCAUUCAAUAAAAUACUUCAAUAUCUAAUGUAAGGAAUGUGAUGUAACAAAUGGUCCAUCCUAGACCACACUAACAAGCACACACCUGUACAUACAACAUUUCACAAUAUCUAAUGUAGCUGUCUAGACUCAGACUGUGUUUGGAUUUGUGUUAACAUGCAAUGACCUGUGUGGGCUGGCAUGUAGUACUUUUCAAAGAAAUAAAUACUUUUACCAACCUUUAAUCUUUCCUUCCACUUAAUUAUACAACAUAUGAAUAAUAAUCUUAUGCUUCAAGGUUCAAGCCUUCAACCAAUUUUAAUUUAGCAAAAGUUUCUCUCAUUAUCAAUCCCUUGCCAAUGUCUCAACUUAAGCAACUUCUCAUUCUUCUUCACACUGUAACCAUAUUUAUAUGUUGUGUUUCCACUACUGAAUUUGUCUAUAAUACAAACUUCAACUCAACAAACAUUAUGCUAUAUGGAAAUGCAACCAUUCAAAACUCCAUUCUCACUCUCACUAAUGGCACUUAUUUCUCUAUAGGUCGUGCUUUUUACCCUAAAAAAGUACUAACCAAACCACUCAACUCUUCCACUCUUCUCCCCUUUGCUACUUCAUUCAUUUUCUCAGUUUCCCCCAUCAAAAACAUUAUCACAGGACAUAGUUUUGCCUUCAUAUUCACACCUUCAAGAGGUCUAAAUGGAACAACAUCAGCUCAGUAUACUGGUCUCUUCAAUUACACCAAUGAAGGUAAUCCUAACAACCAUGUUUUUGGAGUUGAAUUUGAUAUCAUUAGAAACGAAGAAUUCAACGAUACAAAUGGUAAUCAUGUUGGUAUCGACGUAAAUUCUCUUAAAUCCUUAACUUCACAUGAGGCUGGCUACUGGGGUGGAAAAUAUGACAAUGAGUUUAAGGUGUUGAACAUUAAAAGUGGAGAAAAUUAUCAAGUAUGGAUUGAAUUUAUGCACUCUAAGAUAAACGUUACUAUGGCUCGGGCAGGACAAAAGAGGCCUCAUGUUCCUCUCAUCAGUAUAAAUGUUAAUCUUUCUGGGGUCCUUAUGGAUGAAACAUACGUUGGAUUCUGCGCAGCCACGGGGAAAAUAACAGACAGUAGUAAGAUUCUUGCUUGGAGCUUUAGUAAUACAAAUUUUUCCAUUGGUGAUGCUUUAGUGACAAACAAAUUGCCUUCAUUUGUGCUUCAUGAGGGGUGGUUUUCUGGAGCAAAAGCUAUUGCUGUAGGAGUCACCAGUGUUGUCUGCAUAUUAAUCAUCGGUUGUGGUUGUGCAGUGGUUUUCAUUCUCUCUAGGAGGAACGAGGCAGAGGAAGAAAUUGAAGAGUGGGAACUAGAAUACUGGCCACAUAGAAUUAGAUUCGAAGAGAUUCAUGCAGCAACAAGAGGGUUCUCUGAAGAGAAUGUGAUUUCUGUAGGAGGGAAUGGAAAGGUAUAUAAAGGUAUUUUGCAAGGAGUCGAAGUUGCAGUCAAGAGAAUCCCUCAAGAAAGAGAAGAUGGAAUGAGAGAGUUUUUGGCUGAGGUUUCAAGCAUAGGAAGAAUGAAACACAGAAAUUUAGUAGGACUGAGAGGUUGGUGCAAAAAAGAAAAGGGAAACUUGAUUCUAGUUUAUGACUUCAUGAACAAUGGAAGUUUAGACAAAUGGAUCUUUGAGUGUGAAGAAGGAAAGAUGCUAACAUGGGAAGAGAGGAUUCAAGUUUUGAAAAAUGUAGCCGCAGGGAUUCUUUACCUGCAUGAGGGUUGGGAAGUUAAGGUCUUGCAUAGGGAUAUCAAAGCAAACAAUGUUCUACUUGACAAGGAAAUGAAUGCUAGAUUGGGGGAUUUUGGUUUGGCUCUUAUGCAUGAGCAUCAUGGACAAGUUGCCGGCACGACAAAAGUAUUGGGAACAUUAGGAUACAUUGCUCCGGAAGUGAUUCGAACAGGAAAAGCAUCGACUAUGUCUGAUGUGUUUGGCUUUGGUAUAUUGUUGUUGGAAGUAAUAUGCGGACGAAGACCUAUUGAAGAACAUAAGCCAGGGCUAACUGAAUGGGUGAAGUCUUUAAUGGUGCUUGGCCAAUUACACAAUGCUGUUGAUGAAAGGUUGAAGGCUAAAGGAGGCUACCCUAUUGAGGAAGCUGAAAGAUUUCUUCAUUUGGGUUUGUUGUGUUCAAAUUCAGACCCUAGUGUUAGACCAAUAAUGAGACAGGUUGUGAAAAUGUUGGAGGGAGAAAUGGAUAGCAUUGAAUCUGAUGAAGGAAAUAUGCAGAAAAGUUUACUUGGAAGAUUAAAAUCAACUGCAAUGUGGUCUAGAACUGAGAGUGGAUACAAUGAUCACCCUACUUUUGAAGAAAUUAUGAUGUUAAUUGAUAAUUCCAAGACAUCUACAAGUGGUUCAACUGCUAUUCAAGCAUCAGAUUCAGAUAUCAUUUGGGAAGGCAGAUAAUAUUAUAAAGUUAUAUUUAGGAUUAAAUAUAUUUUUAUUUCUUAUAAUUAUCUUGAAUUUGUAUUUGUAUCUAAUAUUUGUAUCCACUUUUUGGUCUCUACAAAUUACAAAAUUAAUGUUUUUAGUCCUCUUUUAGAGACUAAAAGCAAGUAAUUUUGUAAAUCUUAAAGACUACAAAGUAGAUACUAAGACUGAAAAAAGAUGAAAAUUUUAUAGGGACUAGUUUAUUGGAGUUAUAAGUUUAUCCAUCAUGUUGUGUAAUGAAUGGAGAAUAUUCAAGGUCUAACU